AUGGAUGUCAAGAAUGCCUUUUUGAAUGGUGACCUUCAUGAAGAGGUUUAUAUGACCCCUCCUCCAGGAAUUCAACACCGACCGGGUGAGAGUAAUCACGAUUCUGCUCUGUUUGUUAGAUGCUCGAGUGCAGGACGGAUUCUUCUGUCCUUAUAUGUGGAUGACAUGAUUAUUACAGGUGAUGACCAUGGUGGUAUUGAGUCUUUGAAGCAUGAUCUAGCUCAUCGAUUUGCUAUGAAGGAUUUGGGAUUGCUGCGUUAUUUCUUGGGUAUUGAGGUUGCUCAGUCUAAGAAAGGGUACCUUUUUUCCCAAACUAAAUAUAUAUCUGACUUGUUUACAUGGGCGGGCCUCUCUGACAAUCGGACUGUUGAUACUCCUCUUGAAACCAAUGCUCGAUAUUCUCCUACUAAUGGUGUUCCUUUGUCCGAUCCGAAUCUUUAUCGCACUGUGGUGGGAAGUUUGGUUUAUCUCACAGUUACUCGUCCAUAUAUUGCUCAUGCUGUUCAUGUUGUCAGUCAAUUUGUUACUGCUCCUACCUCUGUUCAUUGGGGAGCUGUUCUUCGCAUUCUGAGAUAUCUUCGUGGCACUCAAUUUCAGACUCUCUUGUUUCCCUCGACGUCUUCUCUUGAGUUACGUUCCUAUAGUGAUGUUGAUUGGGAUGGUGAUCGUCAUGAUCAUAAGUCCAUUACUGGAUUUUGUGUAUUUCUUGGAGAGUCUCUCAUUUCAUGGAAGAGCAAGAAACAUGCCAGAUGUUGUCUCUAG